AUGGGAUCUUCUCAUAGGUUUUCUUCUGCUCCUAUGGCAGACGUUAAAGGGAAAGGAAUUUUGUCUGAAGAUGAUGAUGAGCCUAUUUUGUUGGAGGAGGAUGACGGGUCUCAUACCAUUCGGGAGUUUCGUAUGUCCCUCAUUGGUAAAGUUCUGAACCCUAAGAAACAGAACGUUGAGAAGCUCAUCAAAGCAAUGCCUACUCAAUGGGGUCUGCAAGACAGAAUUACGGCAAAUGACCUUGGUAAUGGAAAGUUCUUGCUAAACUUUACAUCAGAAGUGGAUAUUCAGCAUGUUCUUAGUCAGGGACCUUUCCACUACAAUUUUUGUAUGUUUGUACUGGUUCGUUGGGAACCCGUAGUCCACGAUGAGUAUCCAUGGGUCAUCCCAUUCUGGGUAGAGGUCUCAGGAAUACCUCUGCACUACUGGACGGUGAGGAAUUUGAAGAAUAUUGGUAAGAAGCUUGGACACGUUGACACAAUUGAGUUAUCUGCGGGACGGCUGCUGGUGGAGGUUGACACAAGGAAGCCUUUGAUUUUCAAUAAGAAGGUGCAGUCUCCAGGAGGUGAUGAAGUCACCAUACAGUUCAAGUAUGAAAAGCUUUUUAAACACUGCUCACAUUGUGGAUUCCUGACACAUGAAGCUCAGAAUUGUCCUAAGAAGAUGGAAGAGCAAAGAUUACAGGCUAAGGAGGCUGGGGUUUUCUCUCGGGUUCAGCUUCCUUUUGAGCCAAACAAUCGCCAAUCUUUGUUGGCUGAUAGAACAGAGCGUGAUCGUUAUCACAGCUGGAAUGAUCGCAAACCUGUGUUGCGUAAUGAGCGUAGACCAGAGACUGUCAAAUCAUCGAGCUCUGAGAUUGCUUACAGACCGCGGGACGAUCGGUUUAUGCCUCGCUAUGACAGCGAUAGGGAUAACCGGGUUCAUAGAUCAGAGGACAAACGUGGACCUCAGCGUUAUAGUCGCAGAUACGCUCCGUAUGAGGUGAAGAAGACACAAACAUGGAGAGCAAAAGACGUCAGGGAUGUGGCCUCCCGACGUGAGCAGCGACAUGGUGGUAUAAUGCAGUCGGGUGGCUAUGAUGUCACUCAUGCUGAGGGGCUGUCAAUAGUGCAAGUUGAGUCCGAGCCAUCCGAGAUAGUUGGAACGUCUCGGAGUAGCGGAAGGAAAAUUGCAAGUACUAUUGUAACUCCAUCCCGAUUGCUUUCUAAUGAUGGCAACAUCACUUUCCGCGAUAGGGGUGAUCCUCGAGCUAUUACAUUCUCUCCUAUGGGGAAUGAUGGUUAUAAGGAGGAUUUGGAAAGAGGUCAGAUAAUAGGUGCAUUGCAGGAUAUGGAGAUUGUCGAGCCCGACGGUGUGGUGGUGCAUCAACAAGAGCAAAACAACGAUAUGGAGGUGUGGAAUGAGCAAGCGGAUGAUUUAAUUGGAGAGGAGCUGGAAGAAAUGGAAGAAGAUGCUGUGUCUCAAGACGCUCCGGAAAGUGGAGUUCCUCCGUCGAGGUUCUCCAAGGAAGCAUGGUGUCUCCUCCUCGGGGGAUCCAGAACACAAAAAACACAAUCGUCACACCAGUUCGAGGAAAGGACGAACGUUUCAUCACGAUGCUAA